UGCAUACACAUACAUAGAUAAAUAUUAGAUAUAUAUAAUUAUAUACAUGCAAUUGAAUUGCAUUUUGGGUAUCCUGUGUCUCUGUUAAUUUUGUAUUGGAAUUUUCUUGGUUAAUUCAUUUAUACGCAACUACUCCGUAUUCAUUCACAACAUGGAAACAGAACUUUCUUCGAAGAGUUUUGCUGCAUUGAGCACAAUAAUAACUAUUCAAUUUGGUUUCUUCAAGAUUUUGAAUUGAAUGAAACAGUUCAAAUUGGGUGCCAAAGAGGAUAAUUCUCUUAGGCACAAACCAAAAAUGGAAAAUGCUGUUGAACCUCCUAGCAGUCCGCGACACAGAAAUGUAUCAGCCAGGUGGAAUCCACUUGAAGCAUGUAGGCCUAGAAUUGAUGAAGCUCCUGUGUUUUAUCCUACUAUUGAGGAAUUUGAAGAUACUAUUGGCUUCAUAGCUAAGAUCCGCCCCCAGGCUGAAUCCUACGGCAUAUGUAGGAUUAUACCCCCAACUUCCUGGGUUCCACCGUGUCCGCUCAAAGAGAAGCAUGUGUGGGAAAAUGCUACAUUCCCUACCCGUAUUCAACAAAUUGACUUGCUUCAGAAUAGAGAGCCAAUGAGAAAGAAAAGUAAGGGAAGGAAGCGAAAGCGUAGAAAGCAAUCGAAAAUGGGCUCAUGUAGGAGAAAUGAAAAACCUAGUUCGGAAGGUGAUGUUACUUCUGAGCGUGAAGAGAAAUUUGGAUUCCAAUCAGGUUCAGAUUUCACACUCAAGGAUUUUGAGCAAUAUGAUAGACUUUUUAAGGAUUCCUACUUUGGCCUGAAUGAUCCCGCCGGAGAUCAAAAGAUUGGUGAUAAUGAUCAGCAGAAGAGAUGGGAGCCCUCUGUGGAGGCAAUUGAGGGCGAAUAUUGGCGGAUAGUAGAGCAAUCUACAGAUGAAGUUGAGGUCUAUUAUGGAGCUGACUUGGAAACUGGAGCACUUGGAAGUGGUUUCCCAAAGUCAUCAUCUUUUACUAAGAGCGCAGAUCAAUAUAGCAUGUCUGGUUGGAAUCUAAAUAACUUCCCAAAAUUGCCAGGCUCUGCAUUAUGUUACGAGGGAAGUGAUAUCUCGGGUGUUCUAGUUCCAUGGUUGUAUGUUGGAAUGUGCUUUUCAACAUUUUGCUGGCAUGUUGAGGAUCAUCACCUCUAUUCACUUAAUUAUCUGCAUUGGGGCGAGCCAAAAAUAUGGUACGGUGUACCUGGAAGCCAUGCCACAGCUUUGGAGGAUGCAAUGAGAAAGCACUUGCCUGAUUUAUUUGAAGAGCAACCAAAUCUACUCAAUGAAUUGGUGACUCUCUUAUCUCCUUCAAUUCUUAAAUCUGAAGGUGUGCCCGUAUAUCGUGCUGUCCAGCAUUCUGGAGAAUUUGUUGUUACUUUUCCAAGGGCAUACCACUCUGGCUUCAACUGUGGCUUCAACUGUGCGGAGGCUGUGAAUGCGGCUCCCGUCGAUUGGUUUUUGCAUGGCCAGAAUGCUGUCGAGCUUUACAGUAUGCAGCGUCGUAAGACAUCAUUAUCGCAUGACAAAUUGUUAUUCGGAUCAGCUCAGGAAGCUGUAAGAGCCCUGUCAGAUCUAACUCUUCACGGAAAAGAAAAUGUCAAAAAUUUUAAAUGGAAAAGUUUCUGUGGGAAAGAUGGAGUUCUGACCAAGGCACUUAAGAUGAGGAUAAAGAUGGAAAAGGAGAGGCUUGACUUUCUGGCUCAUUUAAAGAGGUUUCGGAUGGAUGAUGACUUUGAUUUGCACAAGGAAAGAGAGUGCUUUUCUUGUUUCUAUGAUUUGCAUCUAUCUGCUGUUGGAUGCAAGUGUUCUCCUGACCGUUAUUUUUGUCUUAGACACUCAAAUUUGCGUUGCUCGUGUACAAUGGAUGCAAGAUUUGUUCUGUUUCGUUAUACUACAGAAGAGCUAACUACAUUGGUUGAAGCACUAGAAGGAGACUUGCAUGCUAUUGAAGUGUGGGAAAAUCGAAGUUCUGGAAUGGCUUCUGCUAAUGCUGAAGAUGCUUGCAAAAAAUUGGUCAUGGACAACGAAGCUAUGGCGGAGCAGGAGCUACCUAUGGAUUUGAACACUGAUCUUUUGUCUGGUGAGCAUGAUUUGCUGCAUAUUUCUGAUAGCCAUGACAAUAAAGGUGAAGUCUGCUAUUCAGUGGCGAAAAAGGAACGAGACAAUAUGGAACUUGGAGCUGGUGGUAUCCUAUCAGACUCGGAGAAUAAAGGUUUUUCAUCGUGUUCAAGAGAUGAUGAAAAUUUCUUUUCACUUGAUGGCUAUAAAUUAUUCGGGGUUGAUCUGCAAAUGCAUUCAGAUUCAGGUGAGCAGCUCAACAGUGUAUUUAAAGAGGGAGAUAUAGACACCUUUGAUAAAACUAUAUCAUUGACAAACCAAAGCUUCUUGAUCCAAGAGUUUGGUAAUUCUGUUGAGCUUGUAAGUUUGGGCUCAGUUUUGCAUGGGAAGAGGUGGUGCAAUGAACGUGCAAUAUAUCCAAAAGGAUUCAAGAGCCGCGUUAAGUUCUUUAGUAUUCUUGAUCCAACAAGACCCUGUUAUUAUGUUUCUGAAAUCUCUGAUGCUGGAUUUCUUGGUCCUCUUUUCAAGGUUACCAUGGAAGAACAUCCAACUGAAGCUUUCACAAACACAUCAGCGGAUAAGUGUUGGGAAACAAUUCUUGACAGACUAAACGCUGAGAUCGAGAGGUGUAAGAGUCUAGGUGAACAAGAACUCCCUCCCUUGGAGGUUUUGCAAAGCAUUAAUGGUCAUAAAAUGUUCGGAUUCCUUAAGCCAUCCAUUAUUCAGGCCAUUGAAGCUCAAGAUCCCAGUCAUCAAUGUGUAGAGUACUGGCAUCACAAAGAACUUGCCUCUGAAUCUUCAGGCAGUGGAAAUGAUGCCUCUAAGUGCUCAAAUGGUUCAAACAACUCUCUGGGUGAUGUCAAGACCAAACUUUUCGGCUUCGAUUUGAUAAAGCAGGAGCAAGAAGAUAACAUAGAAGGACAUUUUCAUUCAUUUGAAGAGAUGAAGUCAUUGCUACAAGGAUUCCUAAAAAAGGCCAGUCCUGCUGAGUUGAGUGCAAUGCUCAAGUUCUUUAGCUCUGAUUCACAUGUUACUCAAUGGAGAGCGGCAUUCGUAGCGUUGAUCGAAGAGAUCCAGAAAGGUUGUAGAUAAAAGAAGAAUAAGAUCUCUUAGUCAUUUUUCAAUUUAUUCAGUAGUUAGGUCCAUUCAUAAACUAAACUGAAGAAAAUUCUGGGUAAGGCCAAGAUAUAAAAUUUUCUUUUGUUCCUAGUAAUAGAGUGAACUUGUUAGUUAGAGAUGGCUAAUGCUAUUAAACACCCAUUGUAGUUG